AUGAAAAAAGCCUAUCCAAAAUGGACGGAGGAAAUAGUUGGCGGGAAGAGCUACGAAGGUCGACCGAUACGUGGCCUUCGCAUCAAUACCCCAGCGGAAGAAGGAGUAGAAAAACCAGUGUUUUUCAUCGAAUCAGGUAUACACGCACGGGAAUGGAUCGCACCCGCCACAACAACAUACUUCAUCAAUCAAUUGCUUACAAGCUCCAACCCUAAUGUAACUAGACUGAGGGAUCAGUUCGACUGGCGAAUCUUCCCUACUGUUAAUCCUGAUGGAUAUCAUUACAGCUAUAUAUAUGACAGAUAUUGGAGGAAGACUCGAUCUGUGUCACCAAAUGGCUGCAGAGGAGCUGACCCAAAUCGCAACUGGGACUACAACUGGGGACAACAUUCAACAUCUAGCAACCCUUGCGAUUAUCAGCUCUACGCAGGCUCCCGUCCAUUCUCUGAAAUCGAGACCCAGACUCUCUCCGACUAUAUUUCAGAAAUAGAUAACCUUUUAUUCUACGUAGCUUUCCACUCUUACGCAGCACUUCUACUUGUGCCUUAUUCUGAUUCCACUGAACAUAUCAACAAUUAUGAUGAUUUGGUUCAAAUAGGUAAAGCCUCCUUGGACUAUGGAUAUAAAGUAAAUAAAGAGAGGUAUGAGGGACCGGGUACAGCUGCAGAAACUUUGUACAAAGCGUCAGGAGGCAGUAUGGACUGGGUCAGAUAUGCUCUGAAUACUCCACUGGUAUAUACGUAUGAGCUUCGAGGAUCGUCUUUCCACUGGCCACCUUCAAGGAUUUCAGAACAGGGGGAAGAAGUUACCCAAAUGCUACUAGGUUUGGCCACAGAAGCAAAUAAACUAGGAUAUCAC